UAAGGACGAGCUGCUUGAAAUGAUUACACAAGGCGCUGAGAAGCUCAUUAACUCGGCUGAUGCAUUCUCCAUCAACGACGACAUCGAAGCUAUUGUUCAACGCGGUGAGGAACGUACGGCAGAGCUUAACAGCAAGUAUGAGGGCCUCAAUCUUGAGGACCUAAAUCAUUUCAAGUCCGAUGCCACUGUGCAACAGUGGGAAGGCGAAGAUUUCCGGCCAGGUCGGAAAGGCCUCAACUUCAAUAUGCUAUCCCUCUCGAAGCGUGAACGGAAAGCUAAUUACUCCGUCGAUAACUAUUACAAGGAGACGCUUCGGGUUGGUCCGUCGAAGACCGAGAAGGCUCCAAAACUCCCUCGUGCCCCCAAACAGAUCCCAAUACAAGAUUUCCAGUUUUUCGACCCCGCUCUGGCUCAGCUCCAGGAACGAGAACUCGCCGUGCACAAGAGGCAAAAUGGGAUCACAGCUACUCUUCGUGAAUCAGGACCAGACGACACGCCCGAAAAACUCGAAGCCGAGCGCGCAGCUGCACAAGAAUUCAUAGAUACCGCCGAGCCUCUGACGGAAGAGGAGCAGGCACUCAAAGAGAAGUACACCGAAGCUGGCUUCCAUGAUUGGAGCAGACGAGACUUCCAGCAAUUUGUCCGCGCGCUUGAAAAUUUUGGAUGGACAGAUGACUACGAUUUGUUAGCUUCGGAGAUACAGGAUAAGGACUGGAGACAGGUCAAGAGGUACUACCUGUACUUCAAGAAGCACUGGAAGGAACUAUCUGAACAUCCAAGAAUUGCUGUACGUAUUGCUGAAGGUGAAGCCAAACGUAACAAGCGGUCAAAUCUCGAAUUUCUACUUGCGAAGAAGAUUGCCUCGGUGCGCUAUCCCAUGCAAGAGCUUGAGCUCAACUAUCCGACUACGAAAGGCAAGGUCUACAGCGAAGAAGCGGAUAGGUACCUCUUGUGCCGGCUGAACCACUACGGGAUGGGCGCGGAUGAUAUCUACGAACGUAUCAAGAAGGAUAUCAUGGAGUUUCCUGUAUUCCGCUUUGACUGGUUUUUCAAGAGCCGGACCCCACAGGAAUUGCAGCGCAGGUGUAAUACAUUGUUGGGCAUGAUCGAGAAGGAGGCGGAAGCGAGGCAGGCAGAGGAGGUGAAGCCGAAGGGCGGAUCGCGGGGCAAGAAGCGUGGAAUAGAUGAUGUGCAAAAGGAUGAAACGCCACAGGAGUCGGGGUCACCUUCUCCUGUUCCCGCGCCGGCACCCAAGAAGUCACACAAGAAGAAAAGGGUGUAGAUGGUCGUGCGUCCUAUUUCAGUCCUUGUAGAUAAUCAUUUUCGUCGUGGAAGUAUUAUAUUAAACUUGAGCGAAUGCCAGCUAUAUUUAACGGAGACCAUGACCAUGACAUUCACGAUCAAUUCAUAGUCCCAUUGUUAUUGAUCGUCA